AUGAAGAAAUCCGUCUCUCUCAGUAGUCGGACAAAGAGAAGAAAAAUUAAAGAAGAGUUAGACUAUUUCAAUCCUCUUUCAAACACCUACAACCAUCAUAUUAUUCCUCAACAAUUAUUUUUGAAAUCUAAUCUACUUAACGAAGUACCAAUUUAUAACUCAAAUUCACCCAACUGUCAGGAUAAUAUUUCAUUUACAACAGUAGAUAGACUUCCAGAAGAAUUAAAUGAAUCACAAAAUUUUGAUUUCUUUAACUACAAUAUUGAUUCUCUUCAGAGUUCUCUUCCUACAGACACAUCUGACACUGAUGAUUCUAAUAACUUAUUAUCUAGUACAUCAUUUAUGAUAAGUAAUGAAUUAGCUCAAUGGGCAAUACUUUACAACAUUUCUCAUAUUUCCUUAAAUGCUCUUUUAAGUAUUCUUCGAAAACAUGUGUUAAAGACCACUGUUAGAUUGAAAACAUCGAACACAACACGUUUUAUACGUAUGUUUAAACAACACAUGAAUGUUUUAUUACAUUGCCCAAAAGUAGCAAGACAUUAUUACAAACUAAACCCAUUUCUUUAG